ACGUGGUUAACUAAUGACACAGCCUCUGUCCGUCCGCUGCAACCGACAAACCAUUACAGAAUUUUAGCUUUAGCUUUUCCUUUCUGAGAGAGACGUUUACGAAGAACACUCCCCAACAAAACUGUCAGCGUAGACACAAACAUGGCGCCUACCAACAACUUUAGAUGAAAGUGUGGCAAAGAAGUAACCCGCAAAGUUCCGGAGGAGUAUUUCGAAGUGGCUUUCUUCUUCUUCUUUGUUUUUUAAUCUUUUCUUGCGCGCCGAGCUGGUUUGUUCCUGUUUUGCACCUUUUUUAACAACACGGAAUAUAUUAAGCGGUGAAAGGGCAAGUUGCAUACAUGUCAACGUUGUUUCUCGCUGCAGUGUAAACAGCUGGUACGCCCAGCCAUGAUAGAGGACAAGGGUCACCGUGUGACCGACUACUUUGUGGUGGCCGGACUGACAGACAAGUCCACGCCCCUCGAGCAAGACCUUUCAGAGACCAAGUCCAGCGGGCCCAAAGCUCCCAUCACUGACGUGGCCGUCAUUAACAGGUCGGCAGGAGAAACGGUGCCUGAGGGCUUCACCUGCAUCGACAGCACCUACAGCGGCCAGCCGGCAAAUCUUAAUCACGGCAGUCUUAAGAGCCCCGAACUGUUCCUGUGCUACAAGAGGGGUAGAGGGAAACCUCCGCUCAUAGACAUUGGGGUGCUCUAUGAGGGGAAGGAGCGUCUGAUCCAGGGAUGCGAGGUCAUCCAGGCCACUCCGUACGGACGAUGCGCCAACGUCAACAACAGCUCCGCGACGUCACAGCGCAUCUUCAUCACCUUCCGCCGGGCACCACCUGUCCAGCCUCAGAACUCGCUGGCUGUGACGGACAUUUGCGUCAUCGUCACCAGCAAGGGCGAGACACCACCGCAUACCUUCUGUAAGGUGGACAAGAACCUCAAUUGUGGCAUGUGGGGCUCCAGCGUCUUCCUGUGCUACAAGAAAUCAGUUUCUUCAGCAAAUUCCAUCAGCUACAAAGCCGGUCUAAUCUUUCGCUACCCAGAAGAGGACUAUGAGUCUUUUCCUCUGUCAGAGUCGGUUCCUCUCUUCUGUUUGCCAAUGGGUGCCAAGAUCGAGUGUUGGGCACCAAACACUCGGGACCCUCUGCCUGUCUUCUCCACAUUUGUCUUAACCAUCUCUUCUGGUGAAAAAGUUUAUGGAUCAGCCAUCCAGUUCUACGAGCCAUAUUCAGUGGAUCUGCUGAGCGAGAAGCAGAAGAUCCAGCUGGGCCUGCUCACCACGGUGGAGAAGAAGAUGAUCCCCAACCGGCCUGUAAACACCAACAAAUGCAUCUGUCUGCUGUCCCGCUGGCCCUUCUAUGAGUCCUUCCGCAAGUUCCUGAUGUUCCUCUACAAGCUGUCUGUCUCAGGGCCGCACCCACUGCCUAUCGAAAAGCACAUCUCGCACUUCAUGCACAAUGUGUCAUUUCCUUCCCCUCAAAGACCCAGAAUCUUGGUCCAGCUCUCGGCACAUGACACUUUGAUCCUCUCCCAGCCUGUGUGCACACCUUUACCCCUCAGCGGGGCAGACUACGGCACCCUGCUGAUGAAUCUGGGCUCAGAAAACUGCGCCACACUGCUGCACUUUGUCCUGCUGGAGAGCAAGAUCCUGCUGCACUCGCUUCGGCCUGCCGUGCUCACCGGAGUGGCCGAGGCCGUGGUGGCUAUGAUCUUCCCUUUCCAGUGGCAGUGUCCCUACAUCCCCCUGUGUCCACUCUCUCUAGCGGGUGUCCUCAAUGCCCCGCUUCCAUUCAUAGUGGGUGUGGACUCGCGUUACUUUGACCUUUAUGACCCCCCGCCAGAUGUUGUCUGUGUGGAUCUGGACACCAACACCAUCUACCUGUCUGACGAGAAGAGACACAGCAACUCGAAGAACCUCCCUAAGAAGCCCUGCAAGAGUCUCAUUAACUCACUAGGCAACCUGCACCACCAGCUGGCAACCGUUUCAGUCCGUCAACCAGCACAGGAGGGCUCAGCAGUGGACAUGACCCCCAUCGAGGCGGACUUCACCUGGCACAAGAAGAAGACCGCUCUGGAGAUGGAAAUUCAGGAGACGUUCCUUCGUUUCAUGGCCUCCAUCCUGAAGGGUUACCGCUCCUACCUCAAACCCAUCACCCAGGCACCCUCCGAGAAGGCCACGGCCGCAGACUCCCUCUAUGACCUGCAAGGUUUCCUCAAAAGCAGAGACCGAGCCCACCAGAAGUUCUACUCCCAGCUCACCAAGACCCAGAUAUUUAUCCGCUUCAUCGAGGAGUGCACCUUCGUCAGCGACAAGGACACCGGUUUGGCCUUUUUCGACGACUGCGUUGAGAAGCUUUUUCCCUCUGAUAAAAUCAUCGACAAGGGCACCAAGGUUGAAGGAGAGUCAUCUGAGGACACACGACUGCUGGAGUUGGACGAAUCUCAAAAGAGUGAGCACACCGUCUUCGUCAUGCCUCCUGAACCUCCACCAGACGUCGGGCCCGAACCAGCCCCUCGAUACACCUAUAAAGGUUUCCCCAGGCUGCAGAUGAAUCUGUUUGACCGUCCCAGAGUGAUACUUCCAGCACUUACUGCAGCAGUGGGCAGUUUGUCCAGCAGCCCUGCACUGCUGGCUAAGAGAACAAAGCAGGAGAUCAAGCUAGCGUACAAGAUGGCGAAGCGUUUCUACUCCAACCCGCCGCUGUGGGCUCGCUGUCUGUUCAGUCACUGCUACAGCUUGUGGUUCAUUUGCCUGCCAGCGGCCGUGCGACUGGCCAAGUCGAAGAGUCGCGCCAUGCAGCAGGCGUACAACGUCCUGUUAAAGAUGAGGACCACCGAGGUGGAGGUGCUCGAUGAGGUGUGUUACAGAGUGGUGAUGCAGCUCUGUGGUGUGUGGGGUCUUCCUGUAAUGGCUGUGCGAGUCCUGGUGGAGAUGAAGAAAGCUGGAGUGCAUCCCAAUGCCAUCACAUACGGAUACUACAACAAGGCCGUCUUAGAGAGCCCGUGGCCGAGCCGCAAUCGUAGCGGCCUCUUUAUGUGGACAAAGUUGCGUAGUGUGCUUCGCGGAGUGACUCAGUUCAAACAGGCCUUAAACCAAACAUCUUCCAAGAAGGAAUCCACGCUAACCACCACAGCUGCACCAGUCAGUGGAUCAUCAGUCACUGAUUCUGACCGUUUGAGUCACGGAAGUGCCGACAGCUCCGGUGAGGUCAACAGUGAGGAACAUGAUGUGUUUGCUCCCAGCCACGACAUGGGAGACACAGCAGACAGCCGAUCUAGCACAGGGAGACAGUCUGAUCAAGGCUACGGCUCUAAGGAUGAGUUACACCAGGAGCUGGCAGAACCUUCACACACAGCUGUUCCUUCAGCUGAUGAGGGAAGCAACCCCAAAGCACAGCGUAAUGGAGGUGACAUUGCUGGUUCAGUGGACAGUGCCGUUGCAGUGGCAGAACCUCCCAGUCCUGUCAAUGAGCCCUCACCUGUCCCCAGUAUUGUUAAACUGUCAACAGGAAGCUUUGAUGGUGGCAGGGAAGCCGGUACAGGGAAGCUGUUCAGGAGACACAGCAGCAAGACUGAUAGUGUGUCUCUACAUGAUGAAGAUGCUUCACUUCCAUCAGGGAAUUUACCUAAAGAGCCUCAAAAGCUGCGGCAGAAAUCCUUCUCCGCACGCAGCUGCAGCUUCAGCGCUGAGACUCGUGCUGGGAUGCUGUUGGAGGAAGGCGUGGACCACAUGGCCAGUCAGAUGGGCGCCGACGCUCGGAUCCUGGCUGCAGCGCUCUCUGGAGGUCAGAGUCCUCCUCCUAACAGUGUGUCCAAAGCACCUUUUAAAGACCUGGACGAAGAACCAGAAGAUGAUCAGUGCUUGACUGUUCGGACUCUGCCGGAGGAAGAAGGCCAAGGAGCACCGGAGGAUGGGAAGGAAGAUGGUAAAGAGGUGAAGGGGACUGAAGUGAAUGUUGAGAAUCGAGGGAGGAAGCUCACUGAAACACAGGAGGAUGAGUCCGGAGCGCGAGGAGCAACUUUGGAGAGGGCGGACGUCAAGGUGGGCGCUGAUCCGCUUUCCCUCCUGGUGUCGGAGAGCGAAGAGUCGGCCUCCGUUUCCAGUCAGGAGAUGCCACGCUCUGUCCCUGCUGUGGUGUCCCGUAACCUGGCUGAGGAGAUCGAAAUGUACAUGAGCCUGAGGAGCCCGCUGGGUGCUAAAUCCUCCAGUAUGGAGCUCCAGCAGUCCCAGGGAGACUCCACCGACGCCCCUCAGCCUAAACAGUCUAUAGAGCGGAGGUCCAGCCUCCCGGUGCCUCCUGUCAAAACUCCAAGGGGCUCACCAGGCGACACGCCCAAACGCAGCCCCAGCACCGUGACUCGCUCAAAGACAUUUGCAGCAAAGACAAAGACACCUGGAAGCGCCACAGCGAGUCCAGGUCCGAGAUCCUCUUCACUGACAGCGCUGGUCAAGUCCUCACAGGGAGGCUCGCUGGGCUCCGUCAUUAACUCCAUUUCAGGCAUCAAGAUGGACACCCUCUUGUCAGGGCCUAAAAUCGAUGUGCUUAAGUCGAGCAUGAAGCAGGCAGCAAAUGUGGCCAGCAAGGUGUGGGGGGCCGUGGCAUCAGCUUACUCUUACUCAGAUGACGAGGAUGAACAAGCUCAGGCUGGUGGCGGCUUCCCAUCCCGCCUGGAUGAGCACAUGUUGUCUGCACAUGACUUGGAUGAGAGUCCUGAGAGAAGAACCAUCCCAGGGUUGGUAGCUAACGGUCUGAACCAGAGCUGCACCAGUCUGGGCAGCAGCAGCGGCAGCAGUGACACUGGCCGAGGGACCCACCAGACACAUCCAACUCCAGGCCGAGCAGGCAGGGGUCCUGACUCUGAACAAAGCUCCUCACAUCACGCUUCCUCCUCGAGCAUCUACCAGAACUGUGCACUGGAGGUGUUGAUGUCCAGCUGCUCCCAGUGCCGCUCCUGUGAAGCUCUGGUGUACGACGAGGAGAUCAUGGCAGGCUGGACAGCCGACGACUCCAACCUUAACACCAACUGUCCUUUCUGUCGCACGGCCUUCCUGCCCUUAUUGCACGUCGAGUUUCAUGAUUUGCGCACAAUGACCGGGUUUUGUAUGAAUCCCAGUGCCUCAGAAGACAGCAUCCACAGCACCAGUACGCAGCCCACAGCCAGCAGCUCAGCUGACAUUAAAGCACCAGACCUUAUUGCUUUUCCUGUGGAGGAACCUCAGGAGACUUCAGAUAAUCUCACUGGAACACACAAAAGUCUGAUUCCAGAGCCGGUACAGUCGGAUCCCCUGGGUCUCCUGGAGCACCAGGCAGCAGGGAAGCAGCAGAGAUGUAGUGGAACUUCACUGACUCGCAGCAACAGUGUCGGAGGACCGCUGCAGAGCCUGGACUAUUCUCAGAGACCUGGACAUGGUGUCUCCACCACCAGCCUGCCCUGCAGCCUGCAAGAGGUGUCGGACGGUAUGGGAACAAGACAGCCAAAUCCCAAGCCGGUGUCUGUACCGUACCUCAGUCCUUUGGUUUUGCGCAAGGAGCUGGAGACUCUGCUGGAGAAUGAGGGAGAUCAGGUGAUCUACACUCACAAGUUCCUGAGCCAACACCCGAUCAUUUUCUGGAACCUGGUUUGGUAUUUCCGCCGCCUCGACCUUCCCACUCACCUGCCUGGACUCAUCCUUACAUCUGAACACUGCAACAAUGGAGUGCAGCUGCCCCUGACGACACUGUCACAGGACAGUAAGCAGGUUUACGUACAGCUGCUGUGGGACAACAUCAACCUGCACAAGGAACCCGAAGACCCACUUUACCAGCUCUGGAGGACCUUUAUGGAGAAAAAGGGGACUUUGGCUCCGACAGACCACCAGGAGAUCCGUACCCUCCUCAACACGAUUGUUCGCAACAUCCAGACCAACGACGUCUACGGUCCCAUCAACCUGCUGAUCCGAGAGAUCAAACGGCGUCCAGACGGGGUCAAACGACAAAGGAGUAUCUAUCGAGAAAUACUGUUUCUUUCACUGGUGGCCUUGGGACGGGAGAACAUUGACGUAGAGGCCUUCGACAGGGAGUACCGCCUGGCCUACGAUGAGCUGAGCACCGAGCAGCUCAAGUCUUUGGACCGCAUCGAUCGACCGCUGAGCCCGAGUGUCCAGUGGUGCCUUAAAACCUUCGGACCUCCUUUCAUCUGAACGCCUCCUGCAGCAAAACUUGGACGAGUUGAAACACGUCCAAUCACCCACACAUGGUACUUCUUCUUCCCCUUUGUCUUGGAAGAUGCCCGUUGUCCGCUUCUUUUUUUUCAUUUAUUUGCUUUGGAGAGGUUUUCCAAGCGGCUGCCUCCAGGUGGGACUCGUUUUGUAAACUGCUUGGAGUCUUUUGGGACUAGUUGAGCUGAAUUUCUUUACAGAUGGUGUAUAGAGCGAUAAAUCACUGUACAGAAUGUAUUGACUGCCCUCAUGGUGUAGGCGUAUCCGUGUGUGUGUGUAAAGCAGACAGGUUCUUGUGUUUGCUUAAAUUCCCAGAUUAGAUCCGUUGUUUGAGACAUGUACAGACUUUCUUUGUGCACUUUCCAAGAAAAACAACAGUAACUCGAGUCCACCUGUCUUUUUGUACAUAUUUUUCACUUUGGGGAAAUCUCAAAACCAGAGUCGCCUGUUUGUUUUUCAGGCGACACUUCUCGAUGAAUUGACUGUUUGUGUGAUCCAAGUCUUAAUGAAUGUUCAGGUUGUUAAAAUGUACAGGCUCUCUGUCUGUGUCGGUAAACGAGAGGCCACAGACAAUCACUAAUUAUCAGUCACUAACAUUGAUUCACAACAUUCCAGAUGCCCUGCUCUCACAGCAGGUCUCCCACAAAUAUUGACACUCAACCGCAUGUGUAACUGGCUAUUUUGGAGGCAGAGAAUGUUAAAAAGUACAGUUAAAAAGGUGUGCCACACUACUGACUCCCACACAUUACAACUAGACACACGUUCUGUUGCAGGGAAAGUGCCUCGUCAAAGCUUGAGUUUUUAAAAUCUGCCUUUUUUAACAGCCCCAUACUGUGCUCAUUCAGCUGAGAUGCCUUAUUGUUCUGAUGAAUUAGAACUGUACUUCACAUGUACUUACGCUAGCAUAGAAUGGAGAAAAGCUUCUUCCGUACUGCUGAUACCGUAUCGAGAAAGAAAGACUUUGUCGUGACAUUCCACUGAAUGCGGAAAACAGCUCGAUGACUUGUUAGGAAAUGGGUUUAUACGGCUUAUGUGUCGACUUUGGGAAGUGACUUGUACAGAUGAGAUGAUGUAUAAUAUUCCAUUUGCACUGCCUUAAACCAGGGUGAGGAUAAGAGGAAAAAAAAGCUAAAAAAAAUAAAUAAAUCAGAAUAUUAAUAACACACACCAGGUUUUUCCUCCAAAAAACUAAAAGAAAUUCUCAAUUAUUUAUUUUUGUAUUAUUGACAUUUGGAUUGCAGACAGUAUGCUAACUUAGAUUUUUUUAUGACUCAACCCCCCCUCCUUUCCCUUUUAAUCUGUCUUAAGAUAUUCUACCCUGUACUGACUUUGUAAAUUUGAUCUCCUUAUGGCAGAGGAUGUACAGAAAAGACUUUUUAAAAAAAUAAAAAAUAGUAGAAUAAAUGUGCUCCUACCGUCCUGUGGAAAGGAAAUGAAUGUCUACACUUAAGUGCGCUGCAAUAAAUGAGUUUGUGAAUUGAUUGAAAAAA